GGUAAAGUGAAGGAUUCUGGGCUCGUGCUAAUCUGGUGCUAAUGGCCUCAGCAAAGUAAACCAGCACUCCGAAGAUGGCAGGGGUGUUUGAGGUGGAGGUGGACGGUGUGGAGCACGACCAUGGACUGGAGCACCACGGCGAUCCGAACCCGAUCGAUGUGUCAAAGCUCUCGCCUGAAGAAAAGUGGAGGGUGGAUCAUGCAAAAAUGCAUGCCAAGCACAAAGGCCAUGAAGCCAUGCAUGCAGAGAUGGUCCUCAUCCUCAUCGUCACUCUGGUCGUCGCCCAGCUCGUCCUUGUGCAGUGGAAACAGAGACAUCCAAAGUCAUACAAUCUGGUGACGCUGUUUCAGAUGUGGGUGGUGCCCCUCUACUUUACAACCAAACUCCACUGGUGGCGCUUCCUCACCACGUGGUUCAUCUUCUCCGUCAUCACAGCCUACGUCUCCUACCGUGCCACUCGCAAGCCCCUGGCCUGCACAACACCGCGGUUGGUGUACAAGUGGUUCCUCCUCCUGUACAAAAUCAGCUACGCCAUAGGGAUAGUUGGUUACAGUGUCAUCAUGUUUACACUUUUUGGUAUUAACCUAAUAUUCAGGAUAAAACCAGAGGAUGCCAUGGACUUUGGAGUCUCUCUGCUGUUCUACGGCCUUUACUACGGGGUCCUGGGACGAGACUUUGCAGAAAUGUGCGCCGACUUCAUGGCUUCAACUGUUGGGUACUACAGUGCUUCUGGCAUGCCCACCAAACACCUCUCUGAUAAUAUCUGCGCGGUGUGUGGGCAGCCCAUCCUGGUCGACGUCAGCGAGGAGGGAAUAAUCGAGAACACGUACAGAUUGUCCUGUAACCAUGUGUUCCACGAGUUCUGUAUAAGAGGAUGGUGCAUCGUUGGGAAGAAGCAGAUGUGUCCGUACUGUAAGGAGAAGGUGGAUCUGAAGAGGAUGUUCAGCAACCCGUGGGAGCGGCCACACGUCAUGUAUGGACAACUGUUGGACUGGCUGCGGUACCUGGUGGCCUGGCAGCCUGUAAUCAUUGGAUUUGUUCAAGGUAUCAACUACGUCCUGGGUCUGGAGUGACCCGGGACAGACCUGAGACAGACAUGGACUUUACACCACCCAGGUAGAAGACGUGCUGUGGCUCAGACGGACUUACGGCUGGACCUUCAACUAAAAACCACGAUAAAAAUCUCUAUGCUUUUUUUGUAUAUAUUUAGAGAGGAUCUGUAAUUCAGGACUGUUUUUAUUUGAUUUAGUACAAAAUUUGGACAUCCGUGGUUUGACGCAGCAUCGCACCUUUAAAAAAAAAAAAGGGUUUGUGCAGAAACAGUUGCAGUGGGUUCUUAAAACGAUGAGAUGAUAUUUUUUGGUUGAUAUUUAAUGUCUUAAGUGAGCAGUUAAAGGAUCAUUCUGGAGUUGUUUUUUUUUUUAAAUUUCAUAUUAAUAUUGAACCUGGGCAUUCUAAAUAGGAUAAAGUUUUUACUUUUAGUCUUCUGUGUCACUUUUUAAAAAUCAGAUUUAUUCCCAUUACUAGAAGUCAUGGCAGAGGUGAGAUAUUUUGGCAGAUUUAAAGGAACUUUUUUUUUUUUUUUUUUUAAACCUUCAUCACUCUCUUACAAACCAAAAGUUUGUUGUGAUUUUCCAGAUAAAGACAGUUAUCUAUGAGGGACAUCAGACAGAAUGAUCCUUUAACCCAGGGGGAGGGGGUGUGACAGGGUGUGGGGGGGUCUGAUGGUUCCAGUCUUAUUUUAUCAGGAUCUGAUUAUCUUGAGAUCUCAAAGCGACUGGACAACAUGCACAGAGGACGGUUGUACUGUUUUAUUGGUUAAAUGUUUUGGAUCGAGAGCCGUUAAUAAAUGUCUAAACAUGG